AGCGCUUGAUGGCUUGAAAAACCCUUGCGACGCGCUUAAGUAACAAUCACAAGCGAGGGCAUGGCAGACACGCUGGCCCUUGAUGUCGAGAGUACACCAAGUAUGGAACUUGAAAGGCCGUCAGUCUGCCCUAAGUAAAUACACUUGGCGCUUGCGGCUUGUUUGCAGUUCCGGUUUGCUGGUGAAGUCGAGCGCUAGCUAUGUGAUUGGUGGAGGUUGCAUUGCUUAGUUUUUAGGUAGAAUAGCAGGCAGGUGUUGAAGGUUUGAGGUUGAGUGUAUCGUCUAUUGCCUGUUCAUCUCGUCUUCCUUCUAAGCGUGAAUGGAAUCUACAGCUGCAAGGUUUGCUCUUGCCUCGUAAUUCCAGAGCUUCGUUCUCACAAAACAAUGGCUUACCUGUUGAGAGGAACAUGGCUGGCCAGGCCCUGGGACCGCUGAAUCCCUACCAGGUGAUUGGACCUGAGCAAGUCAGGAUUCAAUCCCCAACCCCGUUGCAGCAGAGACACAAACCAACCAACGCAGAGGUCGCCGAGCAAGUGAUGCAUAGUCACCGGGUCAAGAAAUUGAAGGAUAGUCAAGGGGCAGGGGUGGUUACGAUUACUGACGCAGACGUUGCGGAGGCUGGGAAGAGCAAAUUCAGAGUCCUGGAGGCUGCUGCAGGGCCAUCACUGGCCGACCUGAAUCGCUCCAUGGACGAGAUGAAAGCGAAUCUGAAGGCAGGGCUGGAGGAGAUACGGAUGCAGAGCACCAACACGCGAAUCUGCAUGUACAACAGCCAAGCAAGAAGGCCUGAGCACCAAUUGCGCCCGCUCGUCGUUCAGAAAGCUGGAGGGCCGCAGAAUCUCGGUGACGUGCCGACCAUGAUGCCGGGGGGAAUCUUCCCGCAUGUUCUUGAUGACCUUUCCAAUAUUACCGCCCCACAGCUUGUCCAGUUGCGCACGUUUUUUCAUGAGGACUUUGGCAUCCAGCCCGGCGAGACGCACGCGGAAAAGGUGUUCAAGUUCCGGUUGUUUAUAGGCUGUUAGGUAUUGAAGAAAGCACCAUUAAUUAGUACACGGUCAUAUUCGUUGUUUGGAAGCAGGAUACAAAACAAGUAAUUGUGAUGGGUGCAGACCAAGGGUUUCAUAGGCCUUGCACUUCCCUCUAUGGUUGAAGGCGUGUUCAAAUAGUUGCAACAAGAAAAGGGCUCAAGUACGUCAAGUGCAAGCUUGAUUCCUUUAUAUUGUUGCUAUGAUGCACAACCCUGACAUACACUAAAACAUGCAACUGCUAACAUACAUACACAACAUGCAAGCGGCU